UUUUGUUGGGACACGCCGGCCAGACGCCUUUCCAGUUGUCUGCUUCUCUGAGGAAAGGGGCGGUUGGUGCGGCCUCCAUUGUUCGGUGUGAAGGGCGCCAUGAGGGGUGACAGAGGCCGUGGUCGCGGUGGGCGCUUCGGCUCCAGAGGCGGCCCGGGCGGAGGGUUCAGGCCCUUUGUGCCGCAUAUCCCAUUUGAUUUCUAUUUGUGUGAAAUGGCUUUCCCCCGGGUCAAGCCGGCCCCUGAUGAGACUUCCUUCAGUGAAGCUUUGCUGAAGAGGAAUCAGGACCUUGCUCCCAAUUCUGCCGAACAGGCCUCUAUCCUUUCUCUGGUGACAAAAAUAAACAAUGUGAUUGACAAUUUGAUUGUGGCUCCAGGCACAUUUGAAGUGCAAAUCGAAGAAGUCCGGCAGGUAGGAUCUUACAAAAAGGGAACAAUGACUACAGGACACAAUGUGGCUGACCUGGUGGUGAUACUCAAGAUCCUGCCGACGUUGGAAGCUGUUGCUGCCCUGGGGAACAAAGUCGUGGAAAGCCUGAGAGCACAGGAUCCCUCGGAAGUUUUGACCAUGCUGACCAAUGAAACUGGCUUUGAAAUUAGUUCUUCGGAUGCCACGGUGAAGAUUCUCAUUACAACAGUGCCGCCUAAUCUCCGAAAACUGGACCCAGAACUCCACUUGGAUAUCAAGGUGUUGCAGAGUGCCUUAGCAGCCAUCCGACACGCCCGCUGGUUUGAGGAAAAUGCCUCUCAGUCCACUGUUAAAGUUCUCAUCAGACUGCUGAAGGACUUGAGGAUUCGUUUUCCCGGCUUUGAGCCCCUCACACCCUGGAUCCUUGAUCUGCUUGGGCACUAUGCUGUGAUGAACAACCCCACGAGACAGCCUCUGGCCCUAAACGUGGCAUACAGGCGCUGCCUGCAGAUUCUGGCUGCAGGACUGUUCCUUCCGGGUUCCGUGGGUAUCACUGACCCCUGUGAGAGUGGCAACUUCAGAGUGCACACAGUCAUGACCCUGGAGCAGCAGGACAUGGUGUGCUACACAGCUCAGACUCUGGUGCGAAUCCUCUCGCACGGGGGCUUUAGGAAGAUCCUCGGCCAGGAGGGGGACGCCAGCUAUCUUGCUUCCGAAAUAUCUACCUGGGACGGAGUGAUAGUGACUCCUUCAGAAAAGGCUUAUGAGAAGCCACCAGAGAAGAAGGAAGGCGAGGAAGAGGAGGAGAACACCGAAGAACCACCUCAAGGAGAGGAAGAGGAAAGCAUGGAGACUCAGGAGUGACCUCCCUCCUACCCAGCAGGAAGACUGGGGCCUCCGCUAGCCGCAGUGGGGCUCCAUCGCGGGGUUUCUGCGGGAUAGGGGAGCCAG